AUGACUUCCGAUGAUCUCUUAUGCUAUCCUGAAUACUGGAAUCGAGCUAGCACAGAAUGGGGGGACGUUAUGGAUUGGGACGUCUUUUUCGUGACAAAGUUUCCCAGCGCAUCGGUUCACGAUUCACACAUGGCCCUUUCGAAAGAACUGGAAAUACUACUGAAAACAAAUAUCGCGGGUGGUCGCAAGUACCAGAAAGCUUUAACUUUUCGGAACUGUCUCAAGGGCCUGACAACACCCUGCGGCUGCGCGUCGAGCGAUUCCAUCGCAGAAGGCAUGCUGCGUGUAUGCCCGAAGUGGGAAGUGUGUCAUGGUCUGGAUCAGCUGGAUCCCAUCAUGCCAUGCGAUGUCAGGAGUAAACAAAAUCUGCUUACAAAUUGGAACCUGGAUAAAAUACGGGAAAUUGCUGCUCAAGAGAGAAUCCAAAAGAAGAAGAUUGAUUAUGAAAAGAAAACCAUUGAGUAUGUUGCAGUAUUUGCAACUGCAGAUGCUUCUCGGAAACAUUUUUUGACAGAAUCAACUGAGCCCAACAAACGACUGAAAACAACCAGGGCUGGCGAUUAUGAAGAUAAUUAUGAUCAAGAUGCCCUUGAACAGAUGAAUGGACAAGAUUUUGAGAUAGUCUUGAAAAUAAAUGACAAAUGCAUUCGAUCCAUUAUGAAUGAAUGGCGUGAAAAAGCCAAAUAUAUCCCAAGUAUCCACAAGCAGGACUUGCUAAAGUACAGUAUCAUUGAUACCGUACAAACAUCUGCAACACAUGCACAGAACCUCUUUAAUGAUAUCUGGGAUGCUCUCAUUGAAAAAUGCGAGGAUAUUUUGAGAUCUGACUCACAAAACAAGACUGACAAUAAUAAGGAGGUGAAAUUUUAUGCGAUGGACCUCUUCAACACAGCAUACAAUAUAGUAAGAGUUUCUGAGGCAAUCAAGCUUGCAAAAAGCAAGUUGGAGCCUGUGGAAUUCAUUUACAAGAAACGGGUAUUGGAUCUAGCAAAAGUUUUUUGCAAACAGAUCCAGAAUGGCGAAAAUGCUCUGCAAACCAACCAGAGUGAAUAUAAUUAUAUAAUCACAUUCAUCUCGCAUAUAUUCGAUUUCCUCUUCAAAGAUCUUGAACACAUUAAAUCCAUGUGGGGCGAAAAAUCAUUACGAGCAGCAGCAGCUCUAUUGAAUAAGAAGCAAAAAGAUGAUAGCCGUCGGCGUUCGGGCAGCAAAAUCGACCUGAUCAUGAUGUUGAGGGAAAUACAGCUAGAAUUCUUUGUAAUGGAAGUCUCUGGUUCGCCUUUGGAAGGCGACCAUACACAUUUUGUCGGUGAUCGGAAUAAGAUUGCAAAGAACCUUAAAAUUCUGCUCAACUUUAUGAGAACAACGUACCCUGGAAAUUUUCAAGAAUUUCGGAAAAUCAAACUCUACGGAAUUCAGAUCUAUAAGCACACAUUCUACGUGUACAGCCUGUCGAUGCCGUUUGCAGGAAUAUAUUUUUUCAAACACGAAGCAACGUUCAAUUAUCCAACGGUGACGUUCCUUUUCCCGAAAGCCAUGCCAAAAUUUAUAUCAAAUUUGUGGAGCAUGCGGGAGACGAUUUCUGCAAGCGUGGAAAGCAUAAAUUCAUAUGUGAUGAGUAGUCAUUCGUCAUCAGAAAAAGACUAUGGGAGUGAAUUGGAUGAGGUGACAAUAUCACCUGUUAAGAGGAAGAAAUAA